UUUGAAGAAUGAAGACAUUUGGAAAUAUGUUCUUGGGACUUUUUAUACUUAAAGUUGUAGUAGCUGCUCCGUCAACGGAUGCCAUUAACUAUGACACAGACACAUAUGAAGUUGAUCUAGAACUGGAUAAUAUUUAUGACUAUGAUGAUAACAGCAAUACUGAUCAAGGGGAGAUAGAAAUUGGAACUGUGCUUCCUAUUGUGAACAGACCAAUUCUUUCACCAGAAGAAGUUCAAGAAGAAAUAGAAGAAGAUGAAGAAUCGACGCCAAAAUUAAUUGAUGGCUCUUCACCACAGGGGCCCUUGUCUCCUGGAGUCCAAAUUCCAGAAGCAAGUGGAGGCAUUUCCACCUGUAUUCUCUGUGGAUGCAUACGUACCACGGUUUACUGUGAUGAUCACAACCUUGAUUCAGUUCCUCCUCUUCCAAAAGACACAACCCACGUCUACUUACGUUUCAAUAAGAUAAGCAAGAUAAACAAGAAUGAUUUUUCAUAUCUGAAUAAAUUACAGAAGAUUGAUUUGACAUCAAAUAUCAUAACAGAAAUUGAUGAAGAUGCUUUCAGGAACUUGCAGCAGCUUAAUGAGCUCAUCCUAUUGGACAACAGAGUAAGGCAACUUCCAGAACUGCCGAACACUCUGAAUUUCCUAGAUGUCAGCAAGAACAGACUUGGACGCAAAGGAAUAAAGCAGGAGGCAUUCAAAGACAUGGCAGACCUUCGUCUCUUGUAUUUAACCAAUAAUGACUUAGACCAUAUCCCAAUACCUCUUCCUGAUAGCCUGCAGGCCCUUCAUCUUCAGGAUAACAACAUUCAGGAACUGCAUGAAGAUACUUUCUGCAACAUGAAAGAUUUUUCGUAUGCCCGAAGAGCUCUUGAAGACAUCAGACUGGAUGGAAACCCAAUAAACCUGAGUAAAACCCCACAGGCCUAUAUGUGUCUACCUCGUAUACCAGUUGGCAGACUUGUUUAAGUCAGAAGACCACAAACUAACUCAAAGACAAUAACAUAUGUACCUGGCUUUAUAAUACAUAACAUAUUUUGCUAUUUCAAAUGUCAAUUUCAACUGUGUAUAAGAUAUUUCAUUCAAUACAAGUUUUUCUCAUUAAAAAAAAAUGCAAAUUGAAAUAAAUGCAACUAUUAAAUAUACUAAAAACUGGAAAAUAAUAUGCACAAAAAUGUACAUAAAGGUACUUUCUCAUAAUUAGUUAACAUUUUAUUAACUGAAGUAAGUUGCAAUCAUGUAUUUGUAUUUUGUUUUGUUGUAUGCUACCUACAAGUUUUUAGUAAAUCUGGUUAAUUUUAAGUGUAGAAAAUGUAAACUGUGCUAAACCUGCACAAAAGAUGUACAUAAAGAUUGUUGGUGAUUGUAAUGUA